AUGGCUGUACCAUGGAAUUCCAUGGGUAUGCCAUCAUCUGACGCCGAUCACGACAAGAUCGUCGUUGGUCCCUACGACGACUCCAGAUAUACAGCAUCAUCAUCUGGCCUUAGUUAUAUCCGACAUCCUUCCACACAGCCUACCAACUCUACAGCCCGUCUAAUUCCUCAACCUCUUCUCUCGCCGCCCAUCGCAAGAGUAUCACCUGGGCCAAGGAGCCCUUCAAGUCCGCGCAGUCCAGCCAGUUUCCAAUCUCUCAACAGUCCCUCGAGCCCUGGCUUUCCUCUCAGUCCAUUCUAUCCGCCAAGUCCAGGUCCAUUACAGAGGGGGCAAUUCCCUAAUUCUCCUACCAGCGAUGGCUUCAGCUCGCCGCGCAUGCCUGGUGCAACAGCACCCACAGACCCUCGAUUAUCAACCAAGGCAUCAAAUAUGAUGGAAACAGUUCUCGAGACGCCUUACUUUGACACGCCGCCUCAUACACCUGGAUCGUGGGGCGAUGCAAGCCGUGCAACCGAUAAUCUAGAUGCUACAGAGGUCCCUCUCAACAAUGGCUGGAGACCUUGGUGGUUGCGCCGAAGAGUAACCAGCAUAUUCAUUUGCGCGUCCAUAAUGUUGGCUGUAAUUGGCGAGGUAGUGAUGUGGUGGCUUUCAAAUAAUGAAGUUGACAGCAGCCUCAAGGGUCUGUGGACUUUUGGGCCCGUUGUUGUUGUUUCUAUCAUGGCCAUUCUAUGGGCGCGAGUCGAAGCUCAAGCAUUGCUUUAUAUGCCAUGGAUUGUUCUCGAUCGCCGACCAACGACUGUUGACGAAACUCGCCGCAAGCAAGCGCACCGAACUAUUCUACUCGACUAUCCUAGCCUUGGGAGCUUUCAAGCAUUAACUAAAGCAUUUCGAAACCGUCACCAUCUCGUCGUUGCAUCUAUCGUUGUCAAGCUUCUCCUACGUGCUCAGAUCGUUCUUUCUACUGCCGUCUUUCACGCCGAAAUUUAUGUCGACAGCACUACCAGACUCCGAGCCAGGCUUGGCGUCCUACAUGCUAUGGUUGGCGUAUUCCUCAUCAUCUCUGGCAUACUUCUUCCUAUGUUGUAUCAUGCACCGUCGCCUCGAGGCAUUGCGCCUCGAGACCCUACUUCUCCCGCCGGAACUGCGGCACUUCUGACAAGUAGCCAGCAAUUUCUCUCACGACUAUCCGGAACUGGACAUGCAGAUAUGAAUGCUGUUGCUGGUAGGUUGGCAGGCUCAUGGUAUACGACAGAACUUAAACAACCGGGACGUCGACCUGAGGAAAUGUUUCAGCUAAGACAACAUGGGGGAGGAAGUGGUGCUCUCGGCAUGAACCCUUCCAAUCGACCUGAGGAGCCCACGGGAACAUACCAGCCAUGGACACAAGUCACCCGAACCAAGCUCAUCAGUAUUGCUAUUUCCGUUGCGUUGAUUGUUGGAAUCUGUGUUAUUUAUAACUUGAAAGGCAAUGAGAAUGGCCUAGAAGUCGACGAUAGCAUAUUUAUCGUUUGGACCUGUCUUCCAACCAUAAUUUUUGCCGCUCUCGCUGUCUUCUGGGCCCGAAUCGAUAUCGACAACCGACGCCUGGCCCCGUUCUUGAAGCUCGCCAACUCGAAAUGCCGAUUCCAGGAGUCUUUGGGGCUGACGUACAUGAAUGAGUUUGGGUUGCAUACAGCUGGAAAGGCCAUGAAGAACCAAGAUUGGGCCGUUUUUCUUGCGAAGUGCACCUCGAUGCUUGGCUGGUUGAUGCCAAUCUUUACUGCGGGACUAUUUGCUGUAUCUCAGAAGGCACAAAGGGCCAACCUUGAGCUCCGACCAGGGUCGCAGUUUGUAUCGACAACUAAAUCGUUGAGCACCGCCAUCGAUAGCGAUACAAUCGCAAAUGUGCUCCUGAGAGAAACUCCCAAGUACCCGAGAUGGACAUGGGAGGAUGUCGCUCUUCCAGAGGUUUCGCUUGUCGACCACCCAAGCGAGUGGCCACUUCCAAACACAGAGCUUGUGGCCAAAGUCCCAAGCCUGAGGGGCAAGCUCACCUGCGAGACGAUAUCUCUUUAUGGAGGCGAGGGAGUGGAUUGGCAAUGUGUACCAUUGGGAGGAUCCACGAAGCAACCCGUCUGCGGAUCUGAUCAAUCUCGAACUGCACUUGUUGCGUCUUCAUGCUCACAACUCUCUUCCAAAUACUCCCUCAAGUAUAUCUGGGGCAGCUGUUCGGAUGACGGUAUGAUUUCUGUCAUGAUGUGCAAUCAAUCGGUUGUCGAUGUUGAUGUCUUGACAACAUUCCGCACUGAGGACCUGUCUAUCAACACGAAUGCCAUUCCCAUUGUGAAUGCAUCGAGUGAGGCGCCUUCGGAUGUGACGGCGGAUAUCACGAGUGUUUACGAAGCACUCGCUAAUGUUGGUGCUGAUAACAAAACCAUGAACGGACUCGACGCAUUCUUUCGUACUUUGGUGCUCUCGAGGUUACAGACAACCUUGGAGCGUAUUGCGAUGCCCGAGAGACAGAACUCGGUUUCUCAAGCGAUCCGUCAACUGCAUGGAAUCCUUGCCGCGCAGGCAAUCAAUAGCGACUUGAUACGCCGGCCCUUGUCAUCUAAGCUCCGUGCUCGUGAUGAUUCUCCAACCGAUAUUCCAGCCUCGGUUGACUAUGUUCUCCCGCGUCUGAUGCAAGGAAGUGUGCAAAGCUUUGUCCUCAUCGGGCUACUAGGCUUUACGCUCGCAUUCGGACUCCUUUCGCUACGUACGGCAUCUCGUGGGACUCUGAGCAAGAGCCCGGGUAGCAUCGCCGCUCAAGCAAGUCUUGUUGCAGACUCAACAUUGUGGUGGCGCUUACCAGACGGAGCAGAAUGGAUGGAAGAUGACGAUUUAGCGCGAUGCCUUCGUCGAAGGACGUUCCAUCUUGGAUGGAGCAAGGGAGCCGCGGGAACCCGAAGCUACGGGAUCGGGAUCGUGCAGGACGAAGGAAAAGCAGCGAGACCACCAAUGGUCUCGCAAACAAGUGCUGAUAAGAGCGGGGGAUUGGUUCCUGGGCGAUACAUUAGCGAGUUCUGCCCUGGCCAUGCCAAAGACCAACUCGAAGAUAUCGUCAAACAUGCUAUUUCUGUUGGCUACAAGACCAUUGGCUUCACUGAGCACAUGCCUCGCUAUGAUCUACGUGAUCUCUACCCUGAAGAGCUCGAUAACCCUCAAGCUGCUCUAGAAGCUCUUCCUCCUCGUCAUGAAGCAUAUCUCGCAGAAGCUCAACGUCUUCAGCGCGAGUAUGCCUCACAGAUUCACAUCCUCAUCGGCUUCGAGGCUGAGUUCAUCCGUCCAAACUGCGCAGCACACGUUCGCAAACUCGCUGAGCAUCCUGUCGUUGAUUACUUCAUCGGCUCAGUGCAUUACGUCCACAGCACUCCCAUUGACUACAACAAGGACAUGUUUGCCACAGCUCGUGACGCAAGCAGUCGCAAGACUGAAGAGUCGCUCUAUGAGGAUUACUACGAUCUUCAGCACGACAUGCUCAAGGAGCUGCGCCCGCGCGUUGUAGGCCACUUUGAUCUCGUGCGGUUGAUGAGCGAGGAUCCAGCCCGGGAUGUUCGGCAGUGGAAGGGCGUCUGGGAGCGCAUUCUGCGAAAUCUGGCUCUUGCGAGGGAACAGGAUGGAUGGCUUGAGGUUAACAGCGCGGGACUGAGAAAGGGACUUGCUGAACCGUAUCCUGGCAGGAUAAUUGCUGAGGAAUGGAUUAAAUUGGGAGGAAAGUUCACUUUCUGCGAUGAUAGUCAUGGUAUUGCACAGGUUGCCACCAACUAUGCCCGGACAGUCACUUAUCUCGAGAGUCUGGGCGUCAACGAGGUUUGGUGUCUUAAGAGAACGCCCAACUCUGGCGUGGAUGGAACGGCGAGAGCUACUGUUGAGGAAGUCAGUGUUCCUCUGAGUGCGUUCCGUGAGAAUUUCCCGUAA